AUGGACCGACUACUUCAAGCGCUAGCAGAAGCUGCGCUAAGCCAGGAGCACACAUUACGUCAGAUCGGUGAGUCACAAAAGAAAAUGACAGAGAUACUAUCACAUCGAAUAUCGGAAACGGACGAUACUGCAAAGUCGUCGCAAUUCGCAAAUCUGGCUACACGGCUCGGUAAAUUCGUUCAUGACCCUGCAAGGGGUAAAACUUUCACGUUGUGGUUUGAACGACAUAGAAGCACUUUCGCGGAAGGAGCGAAGGGUUUAACCGAUACGGAGGGAAAAGAGCUACUUCUUAAUGCUCUCGGGGAUGACGAGUAUCAACAAUUACUCAGUCGUUUAUCGCCGAAGAAACCGCAAGAGAUGUCUCUUGCAGAUCUCGUGCAACAUCUUCGAAAACAGUUCCACGAUAAUAAAAUGUUAUUUCAACGUCGUUUUGAAGCUCUCAAUUUUCGUGCUUCCCCGCCAGUAACGGCUAUAGAAAUACUUGAUAAAGUAAAUGUCCUGGGAGAUGCCUUUGAGCUCGAUAGUUUCAAUAUCGACCAGCUCAAAAUUCUACUAACGGCUCUCGCCCUAAGCGACCACACCUACUACACGGAGCGAACAGUCUUCUUCAAGGUUGUAUCAGAAAAAGAAAACUGCACAUUUCAAGACAUUAGAGAAAUCUGCUACGCACAUGCGAACCGCACGGCUGACGUCAUGCGCGUUAAAGGACAGCGCUUCUCCGAAAUCAACGCGGUCAGCCAAUCUACAAAGAAUUCAUCUAAAAAGAAAGGUAAAUAUUACGAAAAGAAAACAAAUCCUACUACACUACAUUACGAGAAAAAGAGAAAUUCUACUACAUUAUCGCCAUGCUAUGGCUGCGGUUCCACGAAACACAAACGGGAUGCAUGUCCGUUUAAGAAUGCAGCGUGCAGAAUCUGCAAGAAAACGGGACACAUUGCUAGAGUUUGCUUAUCGAAGCAACGAAAUAAAAUAAAUACUGUCACAUUACAAGGUGUUCUAGACACAGGUCAUCGAUAUCGCAAAUUCGCGCAUAUUACUAUCAAUAACAUGCCAUUGAAAAUGCAGCUGGACACAGAAGUGGAUGUAACUACGAUCGGGAGAGAAACUUGGACACGAAUCGGUCGUCCAAAACUCCAACCUCUUACUACUUCAUGUGUGAAUGUUUCAGGACAUCCAAUGCAUACCAUAGGAUUUUUUAACGCCUCACUUGGCUACAAAGACUGUAUGAUAAAAGCACAAGUCAUCGUACUUGAUCGUCCAGAAACUGCACUACUUAGUUCUCAAGCAAUAGAUGAGUUUGGCUUAAUUACCUACGAUACAGGAGUCGUCGGAAAUCUGCAAACGAUGAAUACGAUUACGGUAAAUUCAUUUCAUAAACAAUUCACAGAACUUUUUAGUAGUUCUACAGGAGAAUGCACCAAGAUGACGGUUCAUCUGCGGCUUAAACCAGAUGCGAAACUAAAACAUAUUCCACGACGUCCAAUCGCACUUGCAUUAGAAGAACCAGUCAAUGAGGAACUGGAUAGACUCGUUAAAAAUGGAAUUUUAACGCCAGUCGACUUUUUGAAAUGGGCGGCGCCCAUAGUAGUUACACGCAAAGCAAAUGGAAAAAUACGUAUUUGUGCAGACUACUCUACAGGAUUAAAUGACGCACUUGACGCGGAGGAUUAUCCAAUCCCAGGGAUAGAGGAACUUAUGGCAAAACUUCGAGGAAGUUCUAUCUUCUCACAACUAGAUUUAUCUGAUGCUUAUUUCCAUCUAAGACUGGAUGAGGAAAGUAAGAAGCUAACUACAAUAAAUACUCAUCGAGGUUUAUUUGCUUACAAUCGGUUGGUUUUUGGGUUAAAACCAGCUCCUGCAAUUUUCCAACGUACGCUGGAACAGGCACUUACAGGUAUUCCAGGCGUACUCGUCUAUCUUGAUGAUAUUCUGAUUUAUGCUAAAGGUCUGAUUAAUUACUACGGGAAAUUUGUACCAAAUUUGCAUCGACUCAAAGCACCAUUCGAAGCUUUGAUCAAGAAAAAUGUACUCUUCGUGUGGACAUCAAAAAUGAAGAAAACGUUUGAGAAUAUUAAAAAUAUUCUUACUGGACCACUUCUACUAGCGCAUUACGAUCCCAGACAAACUCUGAUCGUUGCAGCAGACGCUAGUCUGCGACCAGAUCGGAAUUGGUGGCGUUUUGUUACAGCGCGCAUCAGAUGGCCAGCGGACGCUCUUUCAAGGUGCAACAUUCAGCGAAUUCUCGCUGAGGUUAUAGAUCGUCUACAAAACGGAUGGCUUAAAUCGGACGUAACUGACAAGGAGUUAAUGCCAUAUUAUCGUCGUCGCGAUUACUUAGCCAUAGUUGAUAAUACAUUAAUUCUAGAUGAGAAACUAAUAAUUUCUAAACGUCUACAAUCUACUGUACUGAAGCAACUACACAUUGCACAUCCAGGUAUCCGCCGGAUGAUACAGCUUGCUCGACGUUAUUUCUAUUGGCCGGCGAUGCAUGAUGACAUCGAGAGAUACGUCCGAUACAUGGACAAUGGGUACUCGUCAUUGUCCGCAGCUACUCCAAAUUCGAAGAAGCAGGUUCUCAACAAUAACAUCGGCAGCAACAUGUCGAUAUCUGCGAAGACUCUUUAG